AUGCCAACUAGUGCCUCUGUGACGCACUCCAUCUCUUCUUCUGGCUUAUCCGCGCUGCCUACCGCCACAUUCCAACCACAGGCCAUGAUCGAGGAGCUCGACAAUAUCCAGAGAGAAUUCAACAAGAUCGCACAUUUACCCCACGCCGGAAGUUCAGGCGGCGCCCCGCCUUUGAGUGAUGCGGCGCUCAUCAACCAGCUCGGGACCCUCAAUACAACAGUGAGCGUUGAAGCUGCCGCCCAGCUUGUUGACGUCCACGUUGGCACGAUUUCACUCGAUGUCGAGCUCGAAAUCUGCCGUGCGGUCCGACGAGUCCUCCAAGCCGAGCAGCGCCUCGCCGUGCGCCUUGAGAAUGACUGCACCAACAGGCACGGCCGGAUCGGCAGCUCCACGCGGCUGGAAGAGGUGCUGACGUACCUAGCCGCCGUCCGCGCCGGGGUCGAGCGCUUAACCAAGACGAUGGGAGACCUGGGCAUCAUUCCGGAGUGCGCCGAGAACACCCGCCUCGAGGAGGCCAACAUCCGCGAGACUGUCAUCGGCCUUCUGAUAGCCUUGGAAAGUCUGGAGAACAACGUUAGUACUGCCCAUGUGGACCAGCUCGCCCUUUCGCUCAAUGUGCCGGGCGGGAUCAAGGGGCCCGUGGCGCAGGCCAUUGGAAAAAGGCCCAAUCGGCGACGGGAUGAGGACGGCGGACUGACUAUGAGGGCCAAGGGGUGCGAUGAUGAGGUCUAUUAUGUGCCGCCACGCUUGCUGUAA